AACUCAUUUGACGAUUAUUGCACAAACAUUAAUAUUUAAGAAUUAGACACGGUCUAUUUUGGGACAAAAUAUAAAACAAGAACUUCAAGACAAUUUACAAAAUGAAACUUUUUGUUACUCAUAGAUCAAAGUCAUGAGUACAGCAACAGAGGCAACUGAUGUUCCCAAAUCCAGAGCUAAGGCAGCUAGCCUGUCUGCACAGCAGAGUGCCACUGUCCAGUCUACAUGUCCUAAACAGCCUGCAGGGAAAAGGUUACAGGGAAGGACCAUGGAAACAUCUUUCUGGGAGUCUAAGCAUGGGAAGAUCCUGUGGCUUGUGGUAUUACCACUGGGCCUGUAUAUUAUUGACAUUUCCACUGACAUAGGGCUGGCAUUUCAGUUUUACAACAGCGGGCAAAUGGUUUGGUUUGGUUGGAUGAUGGGAUUUAUUGUUGUGCCAUCAGCCAUCAUCAACAUCACCUUAACAGAAGAAGCAUUCAAGCAUCAUGACGGAGAAAACAGACUAAGUAAGAACUUUAAGUACCUGCUUAACUACCUACGUUUGGGUGUGUUCGUGCAGUAUUACAACCUCUACCGUCGGCUACAGAGAGGCGAAAGCGUGGAAGACAUUGUGAAAAAAGACCUUCCGCUGACACACCUGUUGGAAGCAGUCUUCUCAAACAUGCCACAGUUGUAUCUUCAAUGGUACAUUAUAUUGAACACAACUGAACAGAUCAGCGCACUACAGGUUGCCACCAUGGUGAUAUCAUAUGUGGCAGCAGUCAAAGCUCAUUCUAUGUACAUAUACAUGUACUUUAGGAAACAUAGGCCAUUAGAUAUUAGAAGUAUUUUUCUUUGUAUUUGUAUAGCUAGCUUGGAAGUAUAUGCCCGUGGUCUGGCAAUGGCCACAUUCCUAAAACAUUUCAAACCAAGGUGGAUUUUCAUUCCCAUUGGAAUACACUGGCUAGUAUUUACAGGUACUUACAUGUGUAUACAUGCAAGAAAGGGUGCAAGCUGUGAAUAUCAAAGUGACAGUACUACUAGUGAAGAUAUAUCCUAUAAGAGAAUAAUUCAAGGCCUUGUGCAUUUGCUUUUGUACACAUUUCUGGGCACAACGUUUGGUGCACCCCACCUGAAAAUGAUUUUCCUGAACUUUUUUGUGACUAUGUUAGACCACUUUAGCUCUAUGUUUGUAAAUGCAGUAACAGCUACCCCAUCAGUAGUGCCUUUCGUCAAGUUGGCAAUUGCAUCUUUGUUUGGUAUUUGCGCAGCUGCACGUUUGUCAGUAGGUAGUUACAAUGCUACAAGUAAACAUCUGUAUCACAACAACAAUCAUGAUGAACCUACUAGUAGGCCAAGCUUGAUUGAAGAUGAUAAUCCUAUAAAAGAGGCUGACUGCACUGCACAGACCACCCCUGUUCAAUGGGUUUAACGUGACAAAAAUCUGAGUCUCACAUUCCACAAAGAAUAUAACAUUUGCCAAAAUUCCUGAUUACUGCCAUAUGCAUGGUUUAACAUCAUUUAUGAAUAUCAAAAGGAUGAACUAGCAUUUGUUAGGUUGAGAAUAUUAAGUUAAGAGAAGACUGUUAAGGCUUUUACAUGUACCUGUUAAGUAAAAGUUAAGAUUGAAUCUGUUACUUAGCUUCUUCUUUUACUUAGCUGAUAGGUGAGAACAUGAUUAUGCAUUCUUAUCAAUGUGGAAGACAUUUUAUAGGGAUAUACUAAAUCUUUG